CUUCCCCUUCCUUUGGAUCGCCGUCAAGCAUCGCCAUUGGCUGACUGGGGCGAGCUUCGAUGGUUUAUGGUGCAAGCUUGAUUCCUUGUCGGACACCAUCGGUGAAAACAUCUCACCCAUCUCGGGAUUUCUCCAAAUCAGCAAUCAUCAAUUGUGGGUCGUCUCAGUGAGUUUGUCAAUGACCAGAGUGUGUCUUCUUCGUUGCUAAACUGGCCAUAGACCAUCGACCGGUUUUGACCAUAGGCAGUCGAAACCCGAGUUUGACUCUGAAGAAUAACAACGAGGAGAGCAGCGAACCCUUUGAAGACCUGGCUCAUGGUCAGUUGCAAUUUGAGACUCAGGUGUCAAGGAGGUCUACAAGAAAAUCAGUGCCAACGUGACCUCAAAUCAGUGGCUUCAAGGAAAAUUAGGACUUGAAGUGAACCUUUCUUUUCAAUUCAAUCCGUGGAAGUUGCUUUGUGCGUGAUUAUGACAAUGACUCCUCUAUUUACUGGAUAUCCCUUUCAAGGUCAAGGUCGCGUGAAUCAGUUGGGUGGAGUAUUCAUCAAUGGCCGCCCCUUGCCCAAUCACAUCCGAUUGAAGAUCAUCGAGAUGGCAGCCGCAGGGGUCAGACCCUGUGUCAUCUCACGGCAACUUCGAGUCAGUCAUGGCUGUGUGUCCAAGAUCUUGAAUAGAUACCAGGAAACGGGUUCCAUUCGACCGGGGGUGAUCGGGGGUUCGAAGCCCCGCGUGGCCACGCCCGAGGUUGAGAAGAGGAUUGAGGACUACAAGAAAGAGAAUCCAGGAAUGUUCAGCUGGGAGAUCAGGGAGAAUCUGAUUAAGGUACUAGCAAUUGAGUCGUUGUCAUGUUGUGUGUUUUACCCUCUGAUGAAGUCUGAUUCAUUCCAGGAGGGGAUUUGCGACAAGAAUAGCGCUCCUAGUGUCAGUAGUAUCUCUCGGGUUCUCCGCGGAAGUACGGGUCCUCUGACCCCGACGGAACUGGACGAUGUCCGGACCAACCAUAGCAUCGAUGGAAUACUUGGUGGUCACAUGUCGGAUGAUUCGGAUUGCGAUUCCGAGCCCGGGAUCAAAAUCAGUCGCAAGCAACGCAGAGCGCGCACCACGUUCACGGCCGAGCAAAUGGAGGUCUUGGAGAGGUAUUUCGAGAAGACACAAUACCCUGAUGUCUACACCAGAGAAGAAUUAGCCCAAAGAACAAAGCUGACGGAGGCAAGGGUCCAGGUUUGGUUCAGCAACCGGCGGGCUCGACUCAGAAAGACUCUGAACUCGGCCACCAGCGCAGCGGCUGCCGCUGCGGCAUCUCAACAGUUGGGUUUUGCGGCGGCCAGCUCGGCCAUGGCCGCUGCUGCUACUUACGGGUCCAGCUCUCAUGGUCAUUAUCAGGACCAAGGCCAAUGGGGCCAACAAUAUUCGGGGUUAGGAUACAAUCCCUACUCGGCGGCCAUGAAUGUUCCCAUAGCGUCCGACAACAAUUCGCGGGGUGAGAGUCAUUCGUCGAAUAGUACUCCCACAACCACAACCAAUGAUACCUCGAAUCUCGCGGCCACCCUGAGCUCCGGGUCCAAUUUCGGGAACUAUGGUCAGUGGAUGAGAGGAGGAGCCGGGGGCAACGGGGGCGGCGGUAAACUGGACAUGAGUGCUGCCAUGUCUGCCGGAGUGGCCGCUUCCUGGGCAGCCACCGCUGGAACCAUGAACAUGACGUCACCAGGACUACCGCCUGAUUACAACACUCUUUUUGGAGGCCCCGGAGCCAACAUGCAUCAUUCUUCGUACAAUGCCCAUCAUGGAGGAGUACCCACGGGAGCCACGAAUCUUCACUCGUCAGAGAAGGGAUCUUCCACCGCCUUGUCCUCUCUAGGCGGCGGUUUGGGCGGUAGUGGACCUAGUUCGGCCCAAGUGUCCAAUGGAUACACCUCCUAUUUUGGAUCCAACGCCAAUGGCGAUAACACCAUGUGCCGACCUGUCCACUAGGUUCGAUGGCAUCAUUUUUCUGUUAUAAUCUUGUGAAUAGACGCCCAAUUGUAUCUUGUCCUAGUCAAACAUGAAUAAAUACUCAAAAUACCGCCACCCUUA